AUGCAGUUAUUCUUCAAUCAUUAUUUAUCUUCUUUCCAGUCGACACUGAAGAUGGCGGCUACGAUGAAAAAUACGGACAGUGAUGUGCAUGUCACAUUUGAGGACCAACAGAAAAUCAACAAAUUUGCUCGGCACAAUGCCAAGUUACAAGAUUUAAAAGAUGAAGUUGUGCAGAAAAAGAAAGAUUUGCAGAAUCUGAAUGAUGCCAUAGAUGAACUGAUGCUUCUGGAAGGAGAAGAAAAGCCUAUUCCAUAUCCUUUACUUACCUUAAAAGGAAUUUUUCAAAAUCUUUACGGUUUUAAAAGUCAGAAUUCUUAUUGCCUUUUCCUGUUCUUGCUCAGAAUAUUUUUUUCUAUAAACCAUCCAUUGUUGGAUUUGGGUUCGAAUCGUUUGAAAUCGUUGCGGAUUCUUUCCUUAUCUGAAUGUGUGCUGAUAAAUUUGAACACUGUUAAAUAUCUAAAAGGAAACAUGAGUUUUUACAAUAGCCUACCUCCCAGCGAAAAGCCCGGACUUUAUCCAACUGGAACAUUUCCAACAACAAACUAUGCUCCCACUCAGCCAGCAGGUAUGCCUCCUGCAGCUACCCCACAACAGAGAUAUCCCUCUGCCACUCAGCAAUAUGCAAUGCCCACUGCUGCAACGCCAUCACUGUACACCCCAAGUAAUGGCUACAUAAUGUCUCCAGCAUAUGCUUCUUCUCCAGGACCUGGAGCCUUCCAUUCAGUUGGAUAUUCUUCUCUGCCUUCCAUCCCAUCAACGACUCCUGGCUACCCUACCGCCCAGUACCCUACAACAAAUUACCCAACUCAGAUACCUGGCAGUACUGCCCCUUACCCAGGUGCAUUGCCUGUCAGCAGUCAAUUAUGGCCAUCACCCUCCUCCCCUUCUUUGUGCCCCUUCAACUCAACCCAUAAGCCUUUUCUGAGCUCUCUCUCUCUCUCUCUCUCUCUCUCUCUCUCUCUCUCUCUCUCUCUCUCUCUCUCUCUCUCUCUCUCUCUCUCUCUCUCAUAUAUUGAUAUUUAA